GUCGUGGUCGUCGUCGUCGUCGUCGUGGUCGUGGUCGUCGUCGUGGUCGUUGUCGUCGCCGACGCCGUGCUGCCAGGGGGCGCCUCGGCUCAAAAGCCGGCCGGCCCGGCGGCGGCCGGGCCCCCCCAUGCCCUCCACCGCGCCCGCCCGGCGGCCAGAGGCCCGCCGGGCGCGGACCGCAGGCGCGCCGGAGGCAUGGCGGCUGGCGAGACGUGCGUGGGGACGAUCAAGGCCCUCGACGCGCAGGUUGGGUGGGGCUCAAUUGAGUGCGCUCAGACGAAGCCGGUCUACGACAAGGACGUCCUGUUCCAGGCGGCGGACCUGAACGGGCGCCAGGUGUCGGGCGGCGAGAUCGUGACCUUUCAGGUCGCGAGCGUCAGCGGGUCACCCGUGGCGGUCAACCUGCAGUUCCUGCAGCCGGAGGCGCCCGCCGCGCCCGUCGCGCCGCCGAGGCCGCCACCGCCACCGCCGCCGCCGCCCGUGCUCGCGGCGGCGCCAGGGCUGGCGGAGGCGCAGGCGCAGGCGCAGGCGCAGGCGCAGGCGCAGGCGCAAGCGCAGGCGGCGCUCCUCGCGGUGCAGGGCGGCAGCUACGUCGGCUGCGUCAAGAACUACAGCCCGCUGAAGGGGUGGGGCUUCAUAGAGUGCCCGGAGACGGGCCAGGCGUUCGGGAAGGACAUCUUCUUCCUGAAGAGCGAGCUGGGCGGGGACUACCAGGCCUCCAAGGGCGACGUCGUCUCCUUCAAGAUCACGCAGGGGAAGAACGGCCCGAUGGCCCAGUCGGUGGUGUUCCUCAACGCGGCGGCCGCCGUGGCCCCGCAGGGCUCGGGACUGUACUCUGGGACGCUGAAGACGUACAACCAGGAGAAGGGGUGGGGCUUCAUCGAGUGCGACGCCACGAGGACACUGUACGGCAAGGAUAUAUUCGUGCUGUCCUCGGAAUUCAAGGGGAUCCCCGUGGGGCAGGGCUCGCAGCUCACCUUCUCGGUGACCCAGGGGAACAAGGGGCCCAUCGCCGCAGACGUCCAGGUCAUCGGGGCCGAGGGGCUCCCGGUGUCCGCCCCGAAGAGCCUGUCGUCCGAGCAGCUCUGCGGCGUGGUCAAGAGCUGGGACGAGGUGGAGGGCACCGGGCUCAUCACCGGCGAGGGGGUCGCGUCCAAGUUCGGCGGCAGGGACGUGCCGUUCGGCCGCGGCGCGCUCGGGGGGAAGCCCGUCUUCGUCGGCGACCAGGUGCGCUUCGGCUUCGCGCCGGGCGACGAGGGGCCCGUGGUGCACGAGGUGGAGGUGCUGCCCAGCGGCUGCGUAGUCAGCAACGGCUGCCCGGGGCAAGUCUACACUGGCCACGUCAAGGUGGCGGAUUUCUUAGACAAGGGGUGGGGCUUCGUCACCUCGGACGAGACGACGAAGAUCUUCGGCAAGGACAUCUUCAUCCACCGGCGAGAGAUCCCCGAGAACCUCUAUCCCGAUAAGGGCCUUCAGGGCUCUGCGCGCGCCUCCGCAAGUUUGCGCUGCUGUUUUGCAGGCAGCCUGCCGGAAAGACAGCCGUCGGAGUUGGUGCAUGCCUAG